UCUCCUCUCAGAGUGAGUCAUGCUUUUGCUGUGAGCAGCCCUAAGCAGCGGCUGGGCGCUCAGCAGAGGUAACUAUGACUUUUGCUAAGCAAGCCUGCUGUUCUCGGCAGCCGCUUCCGCGGCCCCGACUGCGCGGCCACGGCAGCUCCGGGUGUUAGCGGUGGGAGACUGGCGCCCCCGCUCGCUCCCCCAGCCUGGUGGCCGCUGUCUGGGCUGCUGAAUCUGCCCGGGGACCCCGGCUCGCCUGCUAUGCACAGCAUCCUGUUCCCGCGCCCUCACCUGCAGCUCCCGGGUGGAUGCGGCGAGCCCACGGAGGGGCAUGCUUCCACGCACCAAGUACAACCGCUUCAGGAAUGACUCGGUGACAUCGGUUGAUGACCUUCUGCACAACCUGUCCGUGAACCGCGGCGGCAAGGUCUCCGCAGCGCGCGCAGCCCCUGCGGCGGCCCCUUACCUAGUGUCCGGAGACACGCUGCGAAAGGCUCCCGAGGAUGGCUCGGGCAGCCUGGGUCACCUGCUCCACAAGGUGUCCCACCUAAAACUCUCCAGCUCGGGUCUCCGCGGCCUGUCCGUGGCCAAGGAGCGGGCAGGCACACGGCUCUCCGGCAGCUGCAGCGCACCCAGCCUGGCCGCCCAGGACAGCAGUGCGCCCCCCGGCCUCGGUGCCCCGGCCAUGCGCGCUGCCAGGAAGGGCCGGCUGGGUGAGGAGCAGCCAUCCCGCACAGGCCCCGCCAGCGACCAGGUGCUGGGGGCCGGGGUCACCUACGUUGUCAAGUACUUGGGGUGCAUUGAAGUUCUACGCUCAAUGAGGUCUCUUGACUUCAGUACAAGAACACAAAUUACCAGGGAAGCCAUCAGCCGUGUUUGUGAAGCUGUUCCUGGCACCAAGGGAGCCUUCAGGAAGAGAAAGCCUCCAAGCAAAAUGCUGUCCAGCAUCUUCGGCAAGAGCAACCUCCAAUUUUCGGGGAUGAACAUCUCCCUGACCAUAUCUACCGCCAGCCUGAACCUGCGGACACCAGACUCAAAACAGAUUAUAGCGAAUCACCAUAUGCAGUCCAUCUCCUUCGCCUCUGGUGGGGACCCGGACACAACAGACUAUGUUGCAUAUGUAGCUAAGGACCCUGUUAAUCGCAGAGCUUGUCACAUUCUGGAAUGCUGUGAUGGGCUGGCCCAGGAUGUCAUUGGCUCCAUUGGACAAGCCUUUGAGCUCCGAUUUAAGCAGUAUUUGCAGUGUCCUUCCAAGAUUCCCACUCUUCAUGACCGAAUGCAGAGUCUGGAUGAGCCAUGGACUGAGGAGGAGGGUGAUGGCUCAGAUCACCCAUACUACAACAGUAUUCCAAACAAGACUCCCCCUCCAGGGGGGGUUGUUAAUUCUCGACUGAAAGCCAGACCUCAUGCCCCUGACACAGCCCAGUUUUCAGGAAAAGAGCAAACUUAUUACCAGGGAAGACACUUAGGAGACUCAUUUGGUGAAGACUGGCAGCAAACACCUGUCAGGCAAGGGUCCAUGGACACCUACAGCUUUCCAGAAGGGAAAGUGCAUAUGGCCCCUGUGGGAGAAGCCCCCACCUACGUGAAUACCCAGCACUUCCCUCUGCAGGCUGGACCAGCUGCAGGAAGCAGCACAGACAGCAGCCCCAGGAAGGACCUCUUUGACAUGAAACCUUUUGAAGAUGCUCUUAAGAACCAGCCCAUGGGACCAGUGCUGAGCAAGGCUGCCUCUGUGGAGUGCAUCAGCCCUGUCUCACCUAGAGUUCUGGAUGCUGUGAUGCUAGAAGAGCUGAAGGCUGAGCCUUGGUACCAAGGUGAGAUGAGCAGGAAGGAGGCAGAGGGGCUGCUGAAGCGAGAUGGAGACUUCCUGGUCAGGAAAAGUACCACCAACCCAGGCUCCUUUGUUCUCACUGGAAUGCAUGAUGGCCAGGCCAAGCAUCUUCUGCUCGUGGACCCAGAAGGCACGAUCCGGACAAAGGACAAGAUUUUUGACAGCAUCAGCCACCUCAUCAAUCACCACCUGGAGAACAGCCUACCCAUCAUCUCCUCUGGGAGUGAGCUAUGCCUCCAGCAGCCUGUGGAGAAGAACCUGUGACCAGCUAGAAGCCCUGUCUUGACACUGCUCCAUAGUCAGGAUUCAGUUCUUUCUGGUAGACGUGUAUCAGGCAACAGGAACUCAGGCAUCUGCUCACGGGCUUAGAGCCUUAU